AUCUAUCUAUGACUUUAGUCUAGAAAUUUUGUUUAACUCUUGAAAUAGCUGAAAAAUAUUAUAUAUUUUAUAACUACAAUAAAUUAAAUGGCUGACCUUCUGGUCAUGUGAUAUACAUUCCAGUCUCUUAUCAUGAAGUACUCGGGUUCAAGAAGCCUGUCAGAGGGAAGCCUAGAAUAUAUAUAUAUUUAGGUUUCUAAUGGCUAAUGCAUAAUACUCCUAAUUUCUGAAUUAUUGUCUGAAAUUUUGAAGAAAGUGGCUUAGAGUGGUUAUAAGGAUUUAAAGUGUGUGUUGAGCACUUUGCUAUAUAUGGCAGUGAAAUAUGGUCCGUUUUUAAGUCUUUGGAGACAACUUUUGGGCAAGAAAAGAAUCUCAAACCUCCCACCAAUGAGCAUUAUGAAUAAAAGGUUACAGAAAGUCCAGAGAAGAGCAGGAUGCCAGGAAGUCCACCAGGAAACAGUUUUAAUGCUAGAAUUACCAGAAUUAGAUAACAAAAGAACUAAAGAUUCCUAUCUUCAGAUCUUGGGUUUGGCUACAGAUAAUCCAAUAGUAAAAAUCAACAAUCAGUUGUACUCUAGUAAAAUGGCAAAUACCUUAGGCUCACAUCUUUUUUUAGAAGUUUCAGACAAUACAGGAGGUGCAGAUGCCAUGGUGGAGAAAAUGCAUGCAAACAGUGUGAUGGUUACGGAUAAAAGUUUGAAAUUGGAGCCUGUGUAUCUGGAGAAAAAGCCAAAUAAUGAACCAACUCAGUCCAGUCAGUGACAAGGAGCAUGAAAAACUAAAUGUAAAAAAAAAACACUCUCUACAAAGAUGUACCAAAUUAACAACCACUAUCUGCAUGGAAUGAGUCACUAUGACAGGAAUCACUGUAAUAAUCAAUGUAUUCUGUAUGGAAUGAGUCACUAUGACAGGAAUCACUGUAAUAAUCAAUGUAUUCUGUAUGGAAACUUUCAAUAACAGAAACUUUUUCUAAAAGCAUAUCUCUAUGUAGAACACUUAGAACAGUGAUAUCCAAAUGGCUGUAUUGUGGUCUGAGUUUAUUAAUGCUCUCUCCGUUAUAGUAUUAUUUUUUUUUAUUAAAGGGCAGAUGAUUUUUAGGUCAUCUGUUUCUUUGGCCCAUGGUUAAAGAGCUGGGAAUCGUUGCCAGAACAAUGACCAACCGCCUUUACUUUCCCCAACUUAAGUCAGAUACCCAUUAGAGUUGGGUGGACUCAGGGGCAUCCUAAAAAUCCCAAAAUUAAAAAUCCCAGUCAUUACCAAGAUUUGAACCCAGGAUCCCAGGUUUGGAAGCCAAGCGUUUAACCAUUUAACCACUCAGUCACUGCUUCCCCCCACCCAUUAUAGUAAAAGCUGCUUUAAUUAUUGUUGGAUACCUGUAUCUGACUUCUUCAACCAUGAAACUUAAAAGAUCUUCACUUUUUUUUUUUUUAAUUUGUCACUUUUCUCAUGUAACAAACUUCCAAAGAAAGGCUCGCAUCAUGCCUUUUCAGACUGGAGUUUUGUACUAGAAUGAGCUAUAGAGUACAAGAAAAUUCAAUCUUGGUAAGACAUUUAGAUAGACCCACUGAUGCUGUAAAUCAAAACAUUUUUUUUAAGUUGUUUGCAAUUCAUUGUUCUACAAAGGUUAUAUGUUGGUUUUUCAUCUUUUGCAACAAGAUUCUUGUACUUUCUUGACAUAAAUGACAUGCAUGUCUAUUAACUAAUGGAUUAAAGCAUUUUUGAU